AGAGGAGGAGCUUGUGGGGUGUGGGACUCCAGACAAAGGAGACAUAUACUCACUGACACUGGAUCACUGGAGCGGCAGAGAGCUUCACUUUCCGCACAGGAGGCAAUCCUCAACUCCUGGACUAGUUUUUGUGUGUGUGUGUGUGUUUUGGAAAACUUUGUGUUAUGUGUUUUGUCAGCUGUAUGGAUUCAUUUGUGAACUGAGAGAUGUUCGUGCUGGAGCAGCUGCUGCCAUAUGCUGCCUGUAUGUAGUGUGCAGUAAAGAGUGUGUGGGUUAGUAGGUUUGGGAUGGAAAAGUGGGGCUGGCACGACCAACAGCUCUGCUCUUAGCUCUACGCCAUGGGGGGUUGCCAUAGCUACCCCUCGGCUACGAAGGCAGACAGCAAGAGUCUUCAGCCAUCUGACAUCAGCAGUGAAAAACUGGGAAUUAAUAACAAUAAUCUGGAGGAGCGUCCAUAUCUGCAGCAGCAGUAUGUGUGCCAGCAGAUCACACACACAGACAUGUUUGCCCUCACGUCGCUGCCGCCUGGUGUCGACAAGGCAGAGUGGCUCGCCAGCAACACGGUGGCAUUUUUCAAGCACAUAAACCUGUUCUCUAGUGCACUGUCUGAGUUCUGCACUCCCAGUACCUGCCCCACUGCCUGUGGACCAGGCAACACGGUUUAUGUUUGGACCGAUGACCACGGCAGGAAGCUGAAGUGCUCUGCCCCACUUUACUUUGACUAUGCCAUGUCAUACAUUCAGGAGCUACUGACUGAUGAAGAUGUGUUCCCCACAAAAGCAGGUUCAGUGUUUCCGACAGGCUUCGUCUUUCUGGUCCAGAAGGUGUAUUUGCUGUUUUUCAGGACUCUGGCUCACAUAUAUUGGUCUCACUAUAGAGAGACACUGGCCCUGGGCCUGCACCCGCACCUCAACACACUCUUCACGCACCUCACGCUCUUCUGCCGACAGCACAGCCUGUUGGACCCGGAGGACACUGAGCCGCUGCAGGACCUCAUCACAGCUCUGGGACAGCCAGGCUGCACCUAAGGAGCAAACACACAUAUUGUGCACUUACAUUUUCAUCACACACUUAUUUACGUGUUAUAUCUUGUUAUGUAGCAACAGUAUAUCAUGUCACUCACCACUCUGGGUCAAACUUAAACUUAUUUUACAGAAUGAAAUUUCUUUUUAAAGGCCUGGAAGUUGUAAAAUAGAAAAUAAAAUACUGUUAAUGAACAGUAUUCGGGAGAAUGAAUGAGUUUGCUCUGCUUUAAAAAGCACAUCAGACCUGAAAAGGAGUGUCUUGCUCCUGAUGUUUAUAGUUGUCAUCAGUUGUUGUCAUACUGUGUGAAACUGUAGUAUUGCAUGUUCGUGUAUUUUAACAUAAUGGUGCAUUAUAAUAUUUUGUUAAGGUCAAGAUCUUCAAGGUCAAUCACGUCUUCCACAUAGGCACAGAGUCAUUUAAACAUUGAACCAUCCAAUUCACAGUCAAUAUAAAGAAAAUGUGUUAUUAUCACAUUGUGAGCAUUUGCUAAAACCCUUAAGGGUGUUAAUGUUAUUACAUUGUCAUGACUUCAUCUGUAUUGAACAACACAUCCUAUCUCCACAUCUGCAUCAUGUAUGCUUCUGUACUCUGUAAUAAACAUCUAAGACGGA